UAGAUCCCAACGUUAAUGCCAACUGGGGAAUUCUGGGGAUGGAAACGCAACCCCCUGACGCAGCCCAGCCACAGCCAUCCUGCCAUCCGCGCCGGCCUUUCCUCCGCCCGCUUGGCAGCCAGGUGGCAGACCGACAAAGCCUCUGCAAGCGGGAUGCGCGAACCGGGAAAGUUGGAAGCGGCUCCUGGCUCGGGAACCCCAGACUGGGACGCUCUGCGCUUUCGGAGCUCUGGGGAGUGCGGCUGCCUGCUAGGACUGCAAAUCCCAGGAUGCACCGCGGCUCGGCCGACACCCGCGCCCCGCCCCGCGCCCCGGGAAGCCGCUUGGAAGCGCCGCGGAGCAGGCACCAUGAGGCUGACGCGGCUGCUGGCCAUGGGGGAGAAGCUGACCCCCCCCUGGGCCGCCGAGCUCGGCUGGGCGGGGAGGAAGGCGCCCCGGAGGAAGAAGCCCGCGCUGCCGCCCAUCCCGGAGGAGGAUUGGCAGGUCUUCCGGGGAGACACGGUGCAGAUCCUGAGCGGGCGCGAGGCCGGCAAGCAAGGCCAGGUCAUCCAGGUGGACAAGGAGCAGCAGUCGGUGCUGCUGGAUCGCCUCAACAUGGGCUACUACUACGCGGACACCUUGGCGGGCAGGACCAUGUUUGCCCGGGAGAAGCCGUUGUCCUUGAAGGAGGUGGGCCUGGUGGAUCCCACCGACAGGCUGCCCACCGAAGUGGCCUGGCGCUACACAGAACAGGGCGAGCGCGUGCGGGUCUCCGUCCGGACAGGCCGGAUCAUCCCCAAACCCAUUGAGCAGAGGGAAGACGGCAUCGUCCCUGAGCUUUGGGUCGAUGGCCCAAAGGACACCUCCACCAAGGACACCCUGGAGAAGACGUACACCCCGUCCUUGAAGACCUUUCAAGAGGAAAUUAUGGAGCGGAUGGGAAUCGUAGAGACACGGCGGCAUAGGAAGUCCUAUUGGUAUUGAGGCUUCUGCUCCUCCCUCCUUCCCUGGGGAGGGAGACGCAGCAGGAGUCAGAGAAGCUCUGCAUUCACACGAGUGUUCACAGGCCGUCUUUUAUUAAAGGCUAAGAAGCAACCAAUAAUAAAUACCCCUUAAUAGAAAAACAA